AAUAGUUGUUCAUCUACAGUCCAGAAUAGUAGUCAUCUAUUGAACUAACUUGAACAUACUAAGAAAAUAUUUAGUUUCCUCAUGUGCAUUUCAGCAUCGUUCUGUUGAACACAAGUAGAAGUGUUCUAGUCCGAAGCCGUUCUCUUCGAGUGAUUGGCUACAGGAAACAUCAAUUAUGGAUACUGGGUGUUUCAAACGUACCCACCCUGUUGUUGCGAAGGUAACUUGUCCAUUAGCUCUGAGAUAGAUAGAACACGUAGUUAGCAAGCUAACGCUAACUAGCUCGUAACAGUGCUGAUACAGAGGACCACUGGAGGGAGAAGGAAGAUAAGUUAUUCAACUUUAGCUCGCUCUUGUAACAACAGAGCACCAAAAAAAGUUAGCAUUGUUUUAACCUUGGUAGCUAUGAACUUGUGAUUCAAGGCUAGCUGUUUUAUUCACCUUCCAUUAGUCGCUACCCCAACUACACUUCGUUAUAUCCAGAUAGCCAGUGGCUGGCUAUUUUUGGUGAUUUUUAAAAGCCGACUUUUGAGCCUGUGAAGACCGCCCGCUGUCAGACCGCCAUGCCGUUCCCCUUUGGGAAAUCUCAGAAGAGCCCAGCAGAGAUUGUUAAAAGUUUAAAGGAAAAUGUUGCAUGUUUGGAGAAGUUAGAGACUUCGGACACAAAGAAGAUUGAAAAGGUUUCAGAGGAGGUUUCCAAACAUUUGGCUUCCUUGAAAGAGGUGCUCUGUGGCACAGCAGAUAAAGAGCCCCAGACAGAAGCAGUGGCCCAGCUUGCUCAAGAGCUUUACAACACAAACCUCCUGAUUUCGCUCAUUGCCAACCUUCAAAAGAUUGACUUUGAAGGUAAAAAAGAUGUGGUCCACGUCUUUAGCAACAUUGUGCGGCGUCAGAUUGGUACACGCACCCCCACUGUGGAGUACAUCUCCUCCCACCCACAGAUCCUCUUCAUGCUGCUCAAAGGCUACGAGAGUCCUGAAGUGGCCCUGAACUGUGGGAUGAUGCUGAGAGAGUGUCUGCGUCAUGAGCCUCUUGCACGUACCGUCCUCUUCUCGGAGGAUUUCUACCGCUUCUUUGGCUAUGUUGAGCUCUCCACUUUUGACAUUGCAUCUGAUGCCUUUGCCUCGUUUAAGGACCUCUUGACAAGGCAUAAGAUUAUGUGUGCUGAUUUCUUGGAGACAAAUUAUGACAGAGUGUUUACUGAAUAUGAGAAGUUGCUGCAUUCUGAUAAUUAUGUUACCAAGCGACAGUCUCUGAAGCUUCUGGGAGAACUGCUACUCGACAGGCACAACUUCACUGUCAUGACCAAAUACAUCAGCCAUGCUGAUAACCUCAAGCUCAUGAUGAACAUGCUCAGAGACAACAGCCGCAACAUCCAGUUCGAGGCCUUCCAUGUCUUCAAGGUAUUUGUUGCCAAUCCCAACAAGACUCAACCAGUGCUGGACAUCCUACUUAAAAACCAGACCAAGCUGGUUGAGUUCCUCUGCCACUUCCAGACGGACCGCUCUGAGGAUGAGCAGUUCUGUGACGAGAAAAACUACCUGAUCAAGCAGAUCCGGGACCUGAAGAGGCCUGCGCCGCCCGAGGAAUCCUAAAUCAAAAGAGCUGCAAGGAAACAUGGCGUAAGGAGGGAGGUUUGGGGUGGGAGCAGGGACUUGCUGAGGUUUCAAAAGAGGAAAGAAGUGGUUAGAGAAGUCAAUGGAAAUGGCAGAAAAAGGGAGAGGAUUUUAGACGGGCAGAAAGCAUUAGAGGGCUGAGGGAGAGCGAGAGAUGUCCUGCAGAUCCCCAACUUCCUCUUUGCAUUUGACCUCAAUAAUGGGAAAAGGAUAGUUAAUGUUCUUGUACGGGAAGAGCCUCUUAUUUUCCUCAGUGUAGGCAAUGAGAGGGACAUUGUGAGGAGAGGAGUGAGUUGGACCCACACACACUCCAUUGACACCGUAUAGCCAGUAACAAAGGUGUGAAAUCCAACUCAAUUUCAAUACCUCAAAUGUUUUUCCAAGACUGUUUGGUGGAAUAGCCAGAAAAAUGCUCUUACCCCAUAUGCAAAUGCAUCUCCAUAAGAGUUUCUCUUUAAACAUUAAAUUUCACCGGAAAUAUUUGAUGGAGCAUAAAUCUUAAACCUUAAGAGUGUAUAUGAUUUCUCUGUUACAAGCCUUGGGGGAGGGGGGCUUACAGUUGGUCUUAGAAAGGCGCUAGAGAAUGUCCCAUCACCAUUUAAGCAAAAUGAACUUUGAAGCCCCACAAUGCGAGAAUUGAAAUUUAACCGAUGCUGUCACUUUUCACCAUACUGGGUAGUCUAAUAAACAUUUUUCAACGUGAAUAGGCUAUUCUUCAUACACAGGAAAAAAGUAAUUUUUAUCUGACCAGUUUAAGAGCUUAUUUUAGUAAAUUCCAUUAUCCAAACUUACAAGUCACAUACCAACCUGGAAUUCCUUUAAAGUCUGUCGGGUUGCCUUGCACGUUGAAAAAUGUGGUAUCCAGUAUGUUGAAAAGUUACAAAAUAGGUCACUUCCUUGCCUGACCCACCAAAGUUACUUGGGUGCAGGUGUUCUGGAUGCAAGUCACUAGUAUAAGUCGGUAUACCAUCAACAUUAUUUUGAAGCUGUUAUUUUAAGGUAAAAUGGCUAAAAUUGCUUUAAGGCUUUUUACUCAAUAGAACUUUUCAAGAGUAAACAAUUAUGUAACUGUCUGGCGCUCUGAUGCCGCACUUACUAAUAAUUUCCUCAACAUCUUGGUUGUUUUAUUUUAAUUGCCCCUUUGAUACUGGUUUUUCCUCUGCUCUCUGACAACAGUAGUAUUUUGCUUUGCUUGGGCUAGUUCCUUAUGAAUUGUAUAUUAAGUAUUGUAGGUAUGGUAUUUAAUUCUUUCUUAAGGUUUUAGGGAAUUUUCAUAGUCAAACAGCAGAAACUUUUCAGGGUUGGGUCAAUUUUAGUGAUGUAUCAACACAUGGUACACUUAAAACAGGACUUACUCAACACCCUGUACAUAUACACUGUAAUAAUAUUGUAGUGACAAGAUGGACAUUUUGAUGCUUCUCGGAUGCUGUUCAGAUUCCUUGGCAACUGCUUGGGAUGCCAGGUUGCAUUCCACAGUUGAACCUAAACAGAAGAAGCAGUUGAAGUAGGCAUCAACAAAUUGACCAUGAACAUGGUUCAUACUCCAGCCCAUUACCUGCACUGUCAAACUUGAAUGAGCCAAAACUGUGGUAUCAUACGUGAUCUUAUGAUGGCCCCAGUUAUACAGUUUAAUUGGGUCUGUUUCUACAUGACACCUUCCAGUAGCCUUUUGCCAUGGCCACUGGAAGCUGUUUGGAUGAAAUGCUAAAGGGUUCUACUGAGAGAAAAAAAGUUGUCCUAAAUGGUAUACCUUAAGUUAAAUUUAUAUUCUAUGUAAUCUGUUUGCACAAACAUGUUUUCUUAUAUACCUCAUAGGUUUUGAGUUCCUAAGUGCUGUGUACUCAUUUCUCCUUCACAAGUUUAUUUCAGUUGAUAAUAUUGUGGAUGAUGGGGGCAGAAGUUUGAAUUAUGCAUGCUAUAAAAAAUUUGAAAGAAAAUAUUUGGCUUCAAACCAUGUGAGGCCUGCACUUAACAUGAAAAUGCAAACCCUGGCAGUGUGAACUCCAGCCAGGCCAGGAAUUAAUUCUGUGCAUAACCCCCCACAGAUGUUUGAAUGUGAAAUUUGGUUGUGGAGUGGCUAUAUGGAGCUUUUGGGCUUCACCCAGAGUUGCUACUUAAGCUAACUACUGCAGUGGUGCUGGCCAGAGCUAUUUAACAAUGACCUGUGGAACUCUGCUUGAAUGUACAACACAAAUCAAGUAACCUACAACAUUAGAGUUUUAAGGUCAUCCUCUCAUCCCACAAGCGUUGUUUACCACAAGCUUUAUGCCAGCAGAGGUCUCCAUUGUAUUCUCAUUUAGUGUUUGCAGAAACUUGCUGUAAAGGUUACAUUUCCUCCCAUUCAAUCUUCAAUCCAAAUCAUUGAACACCACACCUUUUCAAACUGUGCAAAUCCAGGUAUACUUAUUCAGUUACUUGGUUUUAUCUUUAUUUAGUCUCAGAUCUUGGAUUAAGAUCUGCAUUUCCAAGCAGUUUGAAAGAACUGAUUCUCUGUGCCACCUCUGUUUUAGCUUCAUGUACAUUAUUGCUCUUAGAAAUAUUUUUCUCAGAACUCUCGUUACUCCAAAGUUUUAUAAUGCUAUUUUUACCCAACAAAGUUCAAAUGAAUAUAACUUGCCUGUGCAGUGAAUACUCCAAAUGCAGAUUUAAUAUAGGUUUUCUUUCUACAACUAAUCACUGUGUCAGUGCCUUCUUGAUUGAAUGGGAGUGAAUGUAAAUGUCUUGAACCAGCCUGCUGCUGUACGGCUGUUCUUUCCACCAAUGAGAUUUCUAGGACAUUUGUAUUAUUGUUGGUACACUUCCGUAAGGGCACAUUCUGUGGUUCGGGUUUGGCUGUAAACAUACCGUGUAUGGAAAAUGGAGAACAUUGUUUGGGAGGGGACACAUUCAACCCUUGACACAUUGCAAUGUUUUCAAAUCAUAAAUUAUAUUUUUCAGUCUGUUCAAAAUGCUGCAGACUUAAAAUGAUCUAAUUGUCAUGAUUUGACUACACUGCUGUGCAUGGCGUUACCCCCAUCAGAUUGAAAGUAUUGUUUACUGCUCUUGUUGGAUCACCAACAAAAGCAACAGUGUUCAAACACUGUUGAGCAACAGUGCUCUAAUUAUCUAUUCAUCGGAACACGUACACUGUUUACUUCUGCAUCCACACUGCAGAAGGUGUCCAAUUGCAUGGAAAAAUAAACUGUUGCAGUAUGCCUCUUAAAAUGGGACAUAUAAUGCAGUGAUGAAGUGCAAAUUUGGUGCAUAGAAUACCUUGCUUUGCUGUUAGAAAGCACACAAAGUGUGACUUGAGGAAAAAUGUCAACUCCAAAAACUAAUAUAUGAUUGCCUUUUCUUAUAGUGCAGGUUGAGAGCUGAGGUUUGCCCCUGGGGGCUGAAAAGUAUUUUUGACAUCAAGUGCUCAUUGUUGUGAUGAAUGUAUCAAUCAUGCAUGAAUACUAGUUUCAAGAGCAGCACUGUUGACUCCAUUCUUGGAGUCUUCAGCUUAACUUCGCCCCUCUCUCAGGGAGACAAAAGGAUGAGUGCUGGACAAAGCAUACUACUUCUGAUGUAAGCUUUAAAAAACUACCCUGGUUACACGUGGUGAUUAUUCUGCUGCCGCUUUGAAGACUCAAGGUUGAAUUUUGUGAUGUCAGUUUAAAAGAAUAUUAUUUUGGUGGCUUAUUUUUUCCAAACUCUGUCAGGUUUGAACUGUAAAUGUUUGCUAUGCUAAGUUUUUUUUUUUUAGUUUUUUUUUCACACCUUUUGCCUUUUCCAUUUUGUUCCUGUAUGUUUCAUUUUCCAAAUAUUUUUUUCCAACUGGGAGAGGAUUAAACAUGUACAUAAAAUGUAUUUCAAAAGAAAGUGUGGAGGCAUAUUAAAAAUAAAAUAAAGAAGUAAUUAAA